CGUACCCUUCCUCCCCACACCCACCAUCACCACACCACCUGCCUCCUCCCUCCAGCUCGCCACCUCAGACCGCCGUCGAUCCACCCAUCCCGGCCUCCUCCGAUGGCGUCCAGGCCGCUCGUCCUCCCCUGCUCCCUCGUCGCCGUCCUCGUCCUCGCCCUCGCGGCCGGCUCCGAGGCGAGGGACCACGUCGUUGGCGGCGGGGCCAACGGCGCGUGGAAGGUGCCGCCCCCGGCGCAGCACGAGGCGCUCAACGAGUGGGCGCAGAAAACCCGCUUCCACGUCGGCGACAACCUCGUGUUCAAGUUCGACGCGGCGGCGGACUCGGUGCUGGAGGUGACCCGGGCCGACUACGACCGGUGCAACACGGCCAGCCCCAUCGCCACCUACAAGGCCAGCGCCGCCACCGUGCCGCUGCCGCCCAAGGGCGAGCGCUUCCGCCACUUCAUCAGCGGCGCGCCCGGCAAUUGCCAGAAGGGCGAGCGCGUCAUCGUCCUCGUCAUGUCCGAGAACCACGGACGCCGGGUCGUGCCGCCUGCCGCGCCGGCACCCGCUCACUCCCCAUCGUCCUCCUCCGAGGGGCUCGUGGAGGCGCCCGCCCACGCGCCCGCGCCGGCUCCGACCACCGGCGCCGCGUGGAGGACGGCGUCCGGCGGCGGCUCCGUCGUCCUCGGCGCUCUCCUCGGAGCUCUGCUCGUCGUUGGGUUCUGAGCAGGUUCCUGUCGUUGUUUUAGGAGCUUAGGGUGGAUUCUUUGAUUAGGCUCUAGUUCAUUUGGACGUUAUUAAGAUUAGAGGACAGACAGAUGUGCUUCUUCUGUCUGUAGAAGAAGAAGAUAGUUUCUUUCCGGCGAAAAAUCAUCGAGCAUAAAUGGCAAUGGAUUUGAUUGGAUCUGA